GUGAAACCAGAGAAGAAGAAACAGGGCAAACAUGGCAGCGUACAUGAGGAGCGUGAUAUGUCUUCUUUCCAUUGAGCGGAAUGCUUUUCUAUCAAAGGGAGGUGGUGUUAUUGCGGAAUCAAAACGGUAUGUACGUGGACUGAGGAGGAAACCUGUCCGAGUGUUGUUCCCCGAAAACGACACGGAUAAAGUCCCCAAACCGACGCCACAGCCUCAGUCACCAGGUCUAAAUGUCAAAACGAAGAAGGAGGCGAAAGUCACAGCUACAACAGAGCAACCCGAAGCAAGAGACUUUGUUAAAGGGAAGAAUAAUGUGCAGUCAGUUACAAAGCCUGCUUUUACAAAGGAUCACAUUGAUGGUCUGCGCUUCGAGAGGGCUUUACCUGGAGAUAAGAGACUGGCGAGGUUAGUGAGUGUUGCUCGUUCCAGGACGUUUCGGGAGCACCAGGGUAAAAUCCUCCUGGAAGGCCGGCGUUUGAUCUGUGAUGCCCUGGAUGCUGGAGCCAACCCUCAGAUGGUGUUCUUCAGUACCAUUGAUUGGCUCCGAAAGCUGCCCUUAGACAAGCUGAAAAGGGCCACGCUCGUCAAAGUCAAGUUUGAGGACAUCAAGAUCUGGUCUGACCUCAUGGCCCCACAAGGGGUGAUAGCCAUAUUUUCUCGUCCGAACCCGUCACGAUUGAACUUCGCAAAUAAUGGUCAUUCAGUGCCGUUGUCCCUGAUAUGUGACAACAUCAGAGACCCUGGCAACCUUGGGACUAUGUUGCGAUGUGCUGCUGCUGCUGGCUGCCGUGAAGUCCUGCUCACCAAGGGUUGUGUUGAUGCAUGGGAGCCUAAAGUUCUGCGUGCAGCAAUGGGAGCCCAUUUUCGCCUUCCCAUCUAUUCCAGUUUGGGGUGGGAUGAUAUGGAAAAACAUCUCCCUAAGCUUGUGACUGUCCAUGUGGCCGACAGCAACUGUGGAGCUGACAGAAACCGAGAAACAGAGGCUUCACAAGUUAACGUGUCUCACAAACCAUCCAAAGCAGGGGACUACGGCUGGGUCAGCACAAGGAGUAUUUACAAAAACACGCACUACGAAGAAUUGGAUUCUGAUUUAGAUUCAGAUAGUGAUGACGAGGGACUUUCACUUCCCAGAGUGGACUCAAAGCUGUACCAUGAGAGCUGGGCUCAGAGUCCCACUGCUCUUGUGAUAGGUGGAGAGACACAUGGUCUGAGUGUUGAAGCCGUCCAGCUGGCUGAGAAAACCGCCGGUCACAGGCUCUUUAUUCCUGUCGCUCCUGAUGUGGACAGCUUGAAUUCAGCCAUGGCUGCCAGUAUCCUUUUGUUUGAGGGCAGGAAGCAACUGAUGAAACUGAUGCAGACACCUGGAAGGAAAUGGAAACCUACAGCUGAGCAGCAGCUUUCAUGUUAGCUCUUAAUAUCAGUGUAUGCUGGUGUAUACUUGUCCUUGUUACUGCAGACUGAACUGUAUUAUUUAAAUUUCCAUUCACCAUCCUGUCCUGCUAAUAAUAAAACCAAAAGCAUUUGUGAAAUGAUUGUCUGAAUCCA